GAUGCCAAGCCUCCACCGUAUGCACCUCCACCCUACCCUGGUCCUGGGGAUCAAGCUUCUCAGCCCCAGUACCCACCUCCUGGUCAGGGAUAUGGAUGGCAACAGCCACCACCCCCGGUUACUGAGGCUCCAGUGGGAGGAGCAGCACAGGGAAAAGCAGCAUACCCACCUCAGCCUGGUUACCCUGGGGCACCCAUGCCCAAUCCGUAUCAGCAAGGCUACCAGCCAUAUCCUGGACAACCUGCUUAUCCAGCUCAGCCAGGUUACCAGCCGGGUUAUCAGCCUGGGUAUCAAGCACCCCCAAUGGCAACUCAACAUUCCUCUGUAACUGUUGUGGUAAGAAGUAAAGCUGCACUCUCAUUAAGACUAGUUCGUAUACAUGUAAAGUGUAUUUUAGUGAUUUCAAUUGUACUUUAAUUCUUUAAUUAUUGAUUUUGUGAACCCAAAAGGCGUGUACCAAAUUAGAUAGCAAGAGGUAUUUUGGUUCAGCAUACACUAUUAAAUGGUGCAGGGAUUUUAAUUCAGAUAAUUUUGUUGAGAAGGUAAAGGUGUAAUGAAUCCUUAAGUUGAUGUCAUUUUUGUUUUUCGUCACUACUUUUACGUUACUGUAUAUGUUUAUGUUGUAUGUGGUUUUUCAGGGCAAAUACAUAUAAUACAUUCAAUAUUUGACACAAAUCAAUAUUAGUGAUUAAUNAUUGUACUUUAAUUAUUGAUUUUGUGAACCCAAAAGGUGUGUACCAAAUUAGAUAGCAAGAGGUAUUUUGGUUCAGCAUGCAGUAUUAAAUGGUGCAGGGAUUUUAAUUCAGAUAAUUUUGGUGAGAAGGUAAAGGUGUAAUGGAUCCUUAAGUUGAUGUCAUUUUUGUUUUUCGUCACUACUUUUACGUUACUGUAUAUGUUUAUGUUGUAUGUGGUUUUUCAGGGCAAAUACAUAUAAUACAUUCAAUAUUUGACACAAAUCAAUAUUAGUGAUUAAUUGUUUACUCCUUUCUUUCUGCACACACAGUCUGGAGGACCCAGUGUUAUCUUGGCUCCGCAGAUAGCACCACCGGACUAUUGUGGCCUGUCUUGGUUUGCCUGUUUGUUUUGUUUCUGGCCAACAGGAAUUUGUGCCAUUAUGAAAUCUAAUGAGGUAACAAAUAUUGAUUCAGAAAUUCUCAUGUGAAUUAAUAAGAAUGCAACAUGCUGACUGCAGACUACCAUUGCUAUUUUAUAGUCUGGAUCAAGUACAGUCAGUGACAUGAGUGUCAAUUAUAUGACUUAAUUAGUGUAUUAAUUAGUACUAGAACUAAAUGCUGGUGGAUUGGCUUGGUCUGGCUUGGAAUACCAGAAAUGUAUUCAUACACAUACAUACACAUUGUACACUUCAGUUCCCAUAUAGCAGUUUUUGUGGCUGCCGUACUGUUUACGGCAGUUAACAGUGUUCUCCUUAUCAGGCAGUAACUGGUAAAAUUUACCGCUUGCAGGAACUAGUUAUCACCACCUGCAACCGCUUAAGGGUUUCACUACAAUUGUACAAGUUGUUUUAAAAAAAAGACUCAUAUGAUCUUCUUUCUUAUAUGGGCCAUGCGUUAUGGAAAGAGAACAUUUAAGACGGGAUGAAAUUAUGGGAACUACACAUUUAGAAUUGUUAUCUAAAGAUUUAAACUAUCAGUUUGAAGGGAAAAAGGUAUACUGCCGACUUCAUUUAAUAAAAAUCUUUAAGCCCAGUGGCUCUUUAAAAAGUAAAUAAUUUUAAAAUUUGUUGCAAAUUUUUAACCUCAGAUCAGAAGGUGGAUAACUUACAACAGUGGAUUACCUCAAAAUAGGUCUUAAAAUAACAGAAUGAUAUCGAUGUUUCAGAGAAGUUAACUUAGCUCCUACAAAUUUCUCAGUGAGGUCGGGGCCUUGUCCCUCACCCCACUUCCUUUCCAGGAAAGCGAGCCUCUUGCAUAUAUUUUUUGUCUUACUGGUCAGGAAUGGUCUCUUAUCUGCCGAGGUAAAAUUUAGGGAGAACACUGAGUUACCUCAGGCUGCAUUACCUUGCGCAUGUACACUGUACUCUUAUCUGCCGAGGUAAAAUUUAGGGAGAACACUGAGUUACCUCAGGCUGCAUUACCUUGCGCAUGUACACUGUAUUAUAUACAUAUAAUAUGUAAGUACUUUGCUUGACAUUAAUUUGCUAUUGAAUAUGGCAUUUCCUGAGUGUUGUGCAAACUUUGCAAAAUUUCUAAGGUGAUGAAUAAGGGGCUGGGGUAUUUUAGAAACAGAGUGGGUAAAAGAGGUCCUAUUUCUCUCCAAAUGGGUAUACUUCAUUGAAAUAAAACCUACUUUACAUUUAAAUGAGAUUAUAUGCUUUUGAAUGAGGAUAAAAAAUUUAUAAUAAAUGUCUAAAAUGUUCAUUUUUGUAUGUCAUAAAAGAAAAAAAAAUUGGCGACCACUUUUUGCUAUCUGGCAGCUGAAAUCUUUUAUUUAGUCACCAGCAAGAAGUGUAGCUUGAUAAUGAGGCAAACGGCAUUGAUUUUUUGCUUUUUUUAUAGACUCGACAUGCCAUUAACCGUGGAGACAUGGUCACAGCCGGUCAAUUGAGUAUGGAAACCAGACGAUUGGCUAACAUGACGAUUGGCAUUGGAAUUACUAUCAUCGUUGUCUCUAUGAUCAUCCGCUUUGCACUCGUGGCUGCUUUUAAUUAA